AUGGAAAAACAUCUAGACGAUCUUCAACAACGUUUACAUUCGACCAUAAAUAAUCUAUGGUGUAGGACUCUUGGAAAUGAAAUAAAUCGUCUAUCAUCAAGUCUAUCCAAUAAAUUGCCUCUCUAUCGAACAGGUUUAACACGUGAACAAUUGAUGACGUCAAUAAAAUUGAUUCAAGACUUGAAUAUAACCUCAACACAUAACGAUUUAUACUAUAGUAGUUUAAAGAAUUAUCUUUUAUUUCUAUCGAUUCAUACACAUAAACUUGUUUGUGAAAUACUUCUGGGUCAUGUUUAUCAUUUAAAACAACAUCUCCAUUAUUGGAAACACGAUGAACCAAGUAGAUUAGCUAUAAUAGAUCAAAUAAAAACAACAUUUUGGUUUGAUCAAGAUCGCGAUGAUAUACGUUCGACGGAAAAAGUGAAAUUUUUAAAUCAACAAGAACAAUUUUUAUCGAAUAUUAUCGGUCGUUUAGCUUAUACAAUAACUAGUUUAGAGCAACAAGAAGAAAUCAGUCUUGAUUCAGUCAUGAAUUAUACUAAUGAACUUUAUAAAUUGUUAUUUGAUAACGCAUCAGUGGAUUAUAAUUCUCAUAGUGAUUUAGUCGAUGUUAUUGAAGUUUAUUCGCAAAUGUUAAAUUCAUUUGAUGAAUUUAAAUCGCGAUGGGCUAAUUUAAUGCACUUAUAUAAUAGACCAACACAUAUUAAACGUUAUCUUCCGUAUUACGUAUGCGCUACUUCAAUAGGACUUUAUACAGUAUAUAAAGUUUAUACGAAUAGAGAACAAAUAAUAAAUUAUAUUUAUACAUCUUAUGAUUCAUUAACAUUUUUUGUUAAUGAACAUUUAAUAGCACCAUUAAAAACGAUUUACAAGUCGACCUUUGAAUCGCGUGCAUCACAAACGGCUUUUGAAAAUUCACAAUUGAAUUAUAUAAAUUCGAAAAAGAUUCUCGAAGAAAUGCUAGAAGAAUACGGACGUGAACAUGCGGGUACAUUAUCACAAGUUAAUAACGCUAGUCUACAAGAAUUUUUAUCGACAUUAAAUGAACGUGCUCGAAAUGAAGAUAUGAAUAUUGUUAUGAAGAAUUAUCAGCUCGAAAUGAAUCAACCAAUCAGAUCUGCUCUUUUAGGAGAUUUAAUUAAAGGCAUAUUGAUUCAAGUUCAAAAAGUAAAAGUCGAUGGCGAAGGUUUAGUCAUUCAAAUCGAUCAAUUGAUGAAACAAAAUGAAAUUAAUUUUAGUUUACUCGCCACCAUCCCUGCGAUAUUAUUAAUUACAUUUUUAAUUAUUUCAACAAAAAAUGUUAUUUCUAAUUUUCUAAUUAAACAACGAAAAUUCGAUAUAUCAACACUACGUCUACGAAUAAUAAGAAAGAUGCGAGAAAUAGAACAUGUGCUUAUAUUUAAUAUUGAAACACCAGCGUUGACAAUGAAUAAUAAUGAAAUAAUUGUAACCGAAAAAGAACAUAACGAAAAUCAUAAUCAUCUCGAGGUAAUGACAAAUUUAACAUAUGGGCGUUUUCUUUCGCUAGUUUAUGAAUUAAAAUAUUUCACCAAUCAAAUUAAAUCACAACGUAUGCUUUCAAACGAAUUUAAUGAAGAUAUUAAUUUAUUAACACAUACACAAUUAUCAGUACAACAAAAAAUUUUGAUCAUUCAACAAAUCUGUCACUCGUAUUCGUUUCUUGUUCAUUCUUAG